UCCCCCCUAUUCAUACACAGAGUAUGUGCUCUUCCGGCGUAAGGCGGUUGUUUCUGUCAUCAUUCUCCUCCAGUAGCGGAGUCAGUCCCAGAGCUAAUUUCCCAGUUAUUUCCCGUACUGCACCCGCGUCGAAUAUCAAUAAAGCCGCGUUCUUACGUUCAUUUCGUUAUUGAUGCCCUGCCAGCUCCAAUUCAGUCAUAAUGCAAUGACAGAUGAAAGUGUGCAGUCCUAAUAGGAACCGCGGUGUUCCAGGGAAGUCAGAGCGUUGGGUUGUUGCCAUCUUUCUCAUCAUCAACACCCGACCGGCAACAGGCGAAACUGCAGGACAUGGCGCCCGGGUUUCUUCAGGUUGCCGUCUUUGUACUCAUCUAUUUCUUCUGCCAAAAAGAAGCACAUUGUCUAGACGAAGUGUUACGCCUCCGAUCAGACCUGUUGGCCAAGUAUCAGAGGUCGGUCCGACCUGUUCGUGAUUACAAAGACGGCAUCACUGUAUACCUCAACGUGGCACUCAGACAAAUCACUGACUUGGAUGAGAAGAACCAAGUUUUGAAGACAUUCUGUUGGCUGAGAGUGUACUGGAAAGAUGAGUAUCUCGCGUGGAACAAGACGGAGUAUGGGGAGAUAUCCAGCAUCAUGUUUCCUAGCAGGGACAUCUGGAUACCGGACAUCUACCUGUACAAUAAUGUAGACGAGCAGAGUGACGGCGGCUUACAACCGGGAACUAACGUGAAGGUGACGUCAGAGGGUGAAGUGUCAUGGCUGACUCCCUCGUCGUUCACCAGUUCCUGUAAGAUUGACAUCGGGCCGUUUCCUUAUGACGACCAACACUGUAUUCUUCACUUCGGAUCCUGGACCCAUACAGGUGUCCAGGUCGACCUACAAAACGCGAGUGACGCGGCAGAUCUGUCUGACUUCGCCGAUAACGGAGAGUGGUGGCUGAUGGGCAUGCCGGUCAGGAGGGAAGAGAAGUUCUACAGCUGUUGUCCUGAGCCUUAUCCUAAUCUGAAGUUUUCAAUCAAUCUCAGGCGGCGUCCGAUGUUCUACUUCUUCAACCUGGUGCUGCCGUGCCUGAUCCUGCUGCUCAUCAACCCGCUGGUGUUCUACCUGCCGCCCGACUCCGGAGAGAGGAUGGGCUUCUGCAUGACCAUCCUGCUGGCCCUGGUCGUGUUCCUGCAGCUCGUGUCCGAGUCCCUGCCGAAGACUUCCGACAACAUCCCGCUCAUAGGGAAGUUCUUUGCCGGAACCAUCUUCCUGCUUGGUCUAACCGCUAUGGCCAACAUCAUCAUCCUGCACCUGUACUACCAAAGGCCUGGGUCAAAAGCAGUACACCCUGUCAUCCGCAAGAUCUUCCUCGUGUACCUCGCCAAAAUCUUCUGCGUUACUAACUCGUCGGAACAGGACGACGACGAGAAGGAUGGAAACGACAGCCCGGACACUUUGAAGAUAUCAAACCCGUUCGUGGACCUGACCCAGACGUUCCCCUUCGGCGGCUCGGCACCGAACUCUCCCGACCCUGGCUCCCGGGACUACGGCACCUGGGACUGCUCCGGACGGGUCCGAAGGAGAGAGCCUCCGCGAGUCACCUUCAACCUCGAGGCGAUGCAGACCAACUCCUUGAUCUACCUGAAGGAAAUCCUGCGAGCGGUGAACGUCAUCGUCAAAGACAUCAAGGAGCAAAGAGCGGAUGAGCACGUGGAGCUGGAGUGGAGGGAUGUGGCGAUGAUAAUGGACCGCGUGGCUCUGUUCUUCGUCAUAGUGGCAACGGUCGCGCUCUCCAUGGCCAUUUUGUUGUUUAGUGGUUUGUAGUACAAACCAACAACCGCUGCGUAUUAAAGUUGAACACUUGAGGGCCUACGACCUCAAUGUACUUGAUGCGUGUAGCGACAACUAAGAUGUCAAAAAGAAGCCCCCAAUUGUAAAGUGGGUCAUCUAUAUGAACAAAUGUUCGCCAGUCCUUUCUGAGUCCAAAUUUCUUUAUCAGGUAGCAAAUUUGAGAUCGAUUGGAUCUGUGGACAGAGGGCAGCCACGGCAUUACCGAAUACCGACCGAAAAUCUCACACCCUCUCGCGGAACAAUUUUGCGCACGCUGUUCACGCUUUGCCAUCUUAUACAUGUAUGGCCGCCAUAUCGGAAAUUUGUAAUCUGAACGCUGAUUGGCUUGUGCCAAAUAAGGAAAGCUCGUUAAUAUUUAUAACCAAGGCACCUCAAGAGUUAAAAACCUCAAGGUAAUUGGCAGAGUCGACCAAAGGAAUACUGUAUAGCCGCGGGAUGGCUCUGCGAAGGAGAAUGUUUGACAUAGGCACUUGUACAUAUCGCUUUUCUGUGAUUAGAAAUUGUGUGCUUUAGAAUAACGUUGCAGUAGAAACUGUGGUACAAAACGUACAUGUGGAAAUAUUUUUCAGUACUUAAUUUUUACUUUAUUGUGGUUUUGUGAAUUGGUGAAUCAUAGCCUCGCUGUUCACCUUCAAUUUCGCCAAUACACGCAGAAACAAAGGUACUAAAGCAGUUUACAUGCUGAAACUAAGUGAACGCAUAGUCUUGUUAUACGUGUGUCUGAAUUUGUGGCCAUAUAGUCGUUGAUUGUUAGCCCAGUUGUAAGAUUUACAUCUGACAACUGUGGUUGUGCAUUUGUACUUAACCUUUUUAUAGAGAGUGGUAUAUUUCGAUUAGCUUUGUCUCCAAUCAGCUAUGCUUAAAUGAAUAUUAACGUGCUUGUGAAGAAGCUAAAGGAAAAACGUUGAAACACUACCUAUUCAGAAUUACCUCUACCAACGCAGAUGAACUUUCAAGUUCAGAUUGAGAAACACUACUUAUGGCUAAGAAUUUUAAAAAAAUGAGAAAUAAAUCAUGUGUUAUAAGAUUGUUUA